AACCACUAGAAGACACCAUGUGGAUGAAUCUCUCAUGCUCAAAGCAAUGCAACAACAAUUUCAGAGGCUGGACAUCAUGUUUGGUGAGAUUAGAGACAAAAUGGACAAGCAAGAUGCAGCUAUAGCCAAUUUAUACCAAAUACAGAAUGGAAGUCCGAAUUUGUGUAGGAAUGAUGCUAAUGAUGAUCUCAAUGAUGAUUAUGAAGGUGCAUUCAACGAUGAUGCCCAUAACUCAAAUUUUAGCAUGGACAGAUUUAUGAGAGGUAUAAGGGAUCAAAAAGGUAGGUUUAACCAAAGAGAGCAAAAUCUAAUGAGGUGGGGAGAUCAGCAAGAUCGUGACUUAAGUAGCAUCAAGAUGAAGAUUCCUCCGUUUCAAGGCAAAAAUGAUCCAGAUGUGUAUUUGGAAUGGGAAAAGAAGGUGGAAUUGGUGUUUGAUUGCCACAACUAUUUUGAGGAGAAACAGGUGAAACUAGCAGCUGUGGAAUUUACUGAUUACGCUAUGGUGUGGUGGGAUCACCUUGUGCUUAGUCGACGUAGAAAUUGAGAGCAUCCUGUUGACACUUGGGAAGAGAUGAAAGCUGUGAUGAGAAAACGAUUUGUUCCUAGUCACUACUAUCGUGAUCUCUAUCAGCGAUUGUAGGGCCUUACUCAAGGGUCCAAAAGCGUUGAGGAUUAUCACAAAGAGAUGGAAAUUGCAAUGGUUAGAGUUAAUGUGGAAGAGGAAAGAGAAGCAACUAUGGCACGGUUUCUGCAUGGCUUAAAUCGUCAUAUAGUUAAUGUGGUAGAGCUGCAACAUUAAGUGGAAUUAGAAGAUAUGGUGCAUAUGGCGAUGAAAAUAGAAUGGCAACUUAAGC